AUGAAGGUGGGAGUGGUCCGCUUCCUAGAUGGGGCACCAGGACCUGUGCCCCCGCCUGCCCCCACCCCUGCCCAGCUCCGCAGGCUUCAGCUGGGAGGGCCGUGGGAGCUCCUGGCUACUCCAGAGGACGGAGGUUCUCAGGCUCAGGUCACCCCUGAGUGGGGGCUGGACUGGGAGUGGGGAAUUGACCGCUCCAGAGAGCCUCCAGCUCCCCAGGUGGACACAUCUGCCACUCUCGUCAUUCUGGCUGUUGGCACAGGGUCGAGCGUAGGUACCUGCUUGGGCGUCCCCCUGCUGGACGGUGGCGAGCUGCUGGCUGGGGUCCACGGGUCCUCACCCAGUGCGGGUGCUUGGCUGGUGGUGGCGGAAGGAGCGGGGGCAGAGGGGACGGAAUUGCCUGGCGUGGUGGAUGUGUUGAAAAGCAGCCAGGUGCAGGCGUGGAGGCUGCAGCCCAGCAUGGAUGAGCACGAGUGCAGCCUCAUCAUGCACGCUGCCCGAGAGAAGCGUCUGACCCCCAGGGUGCAGAGCGUCUUGCCCCUGCCCGGCGAGGCUCUGCUGUUGGCUGUGCCCCGACUGACCGACCCAGCGCCUGAUUGGCGGGCGGCCUCAGGAGCAUCUCCGGUUCACACUUGCUGCGGGGACCGUGUGGCCCUGCAGAGACCCAAGAUCAGGUGCUACGUCCUGCUGGCUGGAGUCACCGUCCUGGUCAUCGUCCUCAUCGUCGCCACCUCCACCCGAAAAUGGGCAGGAUCCCUGCGGCCCUGGAUUCAGAAGGUCUUGGACCUCCCCAAAGACGUGCGGCGCGUGACCCAGGUGUUACGUGGCUCCUACGUGGCCCUGACGAACCCCCAGGACCCCAGAAUGUCCCAGCCUGUGCUGACCAGGCCAUGCAAGGAGCCCAAAACCAGCCAUUGUGGGAGCAACAGUGACCAUGGCAACGGCAAUGACCACUGUACUGGGUUGAUCUGUGUCCCCCCAGACGAACCCCCAGGACCCCAGAAUGGGUGUGAGGGCAGCGGGGCCAGGCCGCAGGUGAGCUGGGUCACCUGUACACUGGUGCAGCUGGCUAGCAGCAGGAUCGCCCAGGUCUCGGCUGUGGCUCCUACAGGGAAGGAGCUGGUGGAAACCUGUGGAAGGAGGCUGAGCCCUGACCCUGGUCACACGCUGAGCCCUGACCCUGGUCACACGCUGAGCCCUGACGAGGAGGUGACAGGUGUGGAGGUGCCCGGCCGAGGGGUGGGCACGGAGAAGGGGGCCCUGGGUGGGGAGAGCCUGGCCCGGGCUGCUCUCAGGAUCUCCCUCUCCCGCGGGACCCCAGUCUUCUGCGGAGGAGCCUCCGAAGCAUUCCGGAUCCAGGCUGCUUUGUCCCAGAGACUCUGCUUCAGUUUCGAUGGUUCUGUGAAGCUCUGA